UACCAUUCAAUAUUGAGCAAACUUCUAUAAACAAAUAUAUUAUUCAAUACGUGUAUGUGUAAAUCGUAAUAUUAGUUGUAAAAACUCUUGGUACCUACUAAAGGGCGAGAUCUGUUGAAACAAAAACGAAAAAUCCAAAUUGCAUGAAAAACAUUUGUAAUGCGUUAGUAUUCAAAAUAUUGUUGUUUAACAUAAAUUGUCAUUAGUGGAACAUGAAAUAAUAAAUAGAUUUUUGUGUGCAAAAUUUUUGUGAAAUUUGUCAAUUAUAAUUUGAGUUAGGCGCUAAAAAACAAACAGCAAUUGAACUUGCUCAACUGUGCAGCCCUGGUCACAAACGCAGCAGCUGUUCCAGCGUGUUGUGCAGCAGCCCUGGCAAAAAACAGCUGCCACUCACUACCCAUUUGUUAUUAUUGCUUUUUUAGUUAAUAAUGCACUGAGUGGUGGUGGUGGCUCGUUGUAUCGCACCGCCCCCCCUCUGCUCCCAGCUUCAGCAGAUCUGUCAUGAAGAUGGGUAUGGGUUACACAGUGCUAUCACGUCUAGGCACACUAGCCCGCUACACCAUCGCAUAUGCCAGCAUAACACACUGUACAUUCGAGUAUGUGGGUGACUUUGUCUUGUGCAAAGGACCUUCGAUGGAACCAACACUCUUCUCGGACAAUGUGCUGUUAACAGAACGAUUGUCCAAGCAUUGGCGCAGCUAUCAGUCGGGCGACAUAAUCAUCGCCGUAUCACCGGUAAAUGCCAAUCAGUUUAUUUGUAAGCGCAUUGUUGCCGUAUCUGGGGAGAAGAUCAACACACUGAAGCCACAUCCAUUGGAAGCUGAGUCGACGUCCACUUCCACCAAGCAGCCAAUGGAGAUGUCCAUGGUAACGGAUUAUGUGCCUCGCGGUUGUGUUUGGAUCGAGGGUGACAAUAAAGGCAACAGUUCAGAUUCACGCUAUUACGGACCCAUACCAUUGGGCCUAAUACGCAGCCGAGUUGUCUGCCGCAUCUGGCCACUCUCCGAGCUCACGGGUCUGUAGCCGGCAGAAGCGGAGUCAAAUUUCUAGUGUCGCAUACACACACACACACAAUACACACAAAAUAAGCUUC